AUGCAUUGCAUCGGAGAAGAAAUUGGCCCCGAAGGGAGGUUUAUCGGCGCCGGAGAUAGGCGGAUGCGGCCGCACAAUCACCAGGUAGUCAAGUGCCCUCGCUGCGACUCGCUCAACACCAAAUUCUGCUACUACAACAAUUACAACCUCUCGCAGUCGCGCCACUUCUGCAAGAGAUGCCGCCGCUACUGGACCAAAGGCGGCGUCCUCCGCAUUGUUCGCGUCGGCGGCGGCUCCCGCAAAACCAAGCGCUUCAAGCCUAAAACCAAUGCCUCCUUCUCCGCCGCCACCGCCGACGAAGAUGCAGAGGAAAAAUUCACCGCGCAGAGCUCCAGCCUCACCACCUCCGCCGCCGCAGUCGCAACCGCAACCGCUCCUCCUACAUCCUCCGCCGCGGGAACCGAUCCACACCACGUCGGAUUCCGCCGUGAUAUCUUCGCGGCGGAGAUGGAGAGCUUCACGGGGAUGAUGACGUCACCGGAUGAAUUGAUGAUGGGGCUCGACAUCGCGACGGCGGAAAAGGCGGAGGGGUUGAAGAUGGAGGAUAUUGGCAAUGAGGCGCUGGAUUGGGGGAGUGGCGGAGAUCAAGGGCUGUUUGAUUAA